CCUGGAGCCCCGCGGGCCGCGGAGAGCCCGCGCGGGAGCCGAGAUGUGUCUGCGCCUGGGUGGCCCAAGUACAGGCGACACCGGGAAGGUGCUGAUGAAGCAGGGGCUGGUCUUGGUGGUGCUGGGCCACCUGAGCUUCAUCACCGCUGCCAUCCUCCAUGGCACUGUGCUGCGCUACGUGGUCACUCCAGGCAAUGCCCUGACACUGCAGUACUGCGUGAUCAACAUCCUAUCCGUCACCUCAGCCAUCAUGGUCAUCACCUCAGGCAUCACCACUAUCAUCUUAUCACGCUACCUCUCCAGUGUCCCUCUGCGCUGGACAGUGUUCAGCUUGAGUGUGGCCUGUGCCCUUCUCACUCUGACCUGUGCCCUUGGCCUCUUGGCUUCCAUCGCCAAGACCUUUGCCACUCAGGGCCAGGCACUACUGGCCGCCUGCACAUUAGGGAGUCCUGAGCUCCUGGCCCUGGCCUCCAACUGUCCCUUCGAUCCCACACGCAUUUAUAGCUCCAGCUUGUGCCUCUGGGGCAUCUCCCUCGUGUUGUGUGUGGCUGAGACCGUGUUUGCCGUGCGCUGUGCCCAUUUCAGCCACCAACUGCUGGGCUUGAGGCCCUGGUGUGGGAAAAGUUACCCUCUCUCGUUACAGGAGAGCCCGGAGCCUGUGGAGGGCCGCGACCUGCUAAGCUGCACCAGCUCCGAGCCACUGACCCUCUGACGCCUGGAGCCGCACUGGGGUUCCCACCAAGUCCGCACUGUGACAAGCUCAGGACUUUGGAGCCCUCCCCACAGGACUCAAGCAUACCACAUGGGGCCCUGUGGCGCUUUCAUCGCACCCCCAGCCACCCAGCCCACUGCACUGAAACAGACUUUAUUGUGAAGGUAUUAAAAAGAAAAGAUGCUCCA